UUCGUGCUCUCCACCAGAGGGCGCUUAUCGCUUCGUUUUGUUGACGCUAAAAAGUGAGGUUAUUGUUUUCCUCCCAAUUUUUGUUUAAAACACCAAAAAUGGUUGUUGAGAAACGUCGAGCCGAAGAUUCAUCAUCUCUAGUCCCCGUAAGCAAAAAAUCGAAAAAUGAAGUGGCCACAUCGAACAAAAACAAAUCGGUCUUACAAGCGGCCCCUGCGAGAACUUCCAAUCUAUUUGCCCCCAUUAUGUUACUGGAGGGCCACGAGGGUGAGAUUUUCACAGUGGAAUUCCACCCUGAGGGUCAAUAUGUAGCUUCAUCAGGUUUCGACCGUAGAAUUUUCGUUUGGAGCGUUUACGGUGAGUGUGAAAAUUUAUCGGUAAUGAGUGGCCACACGGGUGCUGUCAUGGAGCUCCACUUCACGACAGAUGGCACUAACAUUUUCACAGCCAGCACUGAUCACACGCUUGGCCUUUGGGAUUUACCAACAAGUCAAAGAAUUAAAAAAUACAAAGGUCACACUACUUUUGUUAAUUCGGUCCAAGGUGCGAGACGAGGCCCUCAAAUGUUGGUCUCAGGCAGCGAUGACACCACGAUUAAAUUAUGGGAUAUUCGCAAAAAACAAUCCGUCACAACUUUCAACUCAAAUUAUCAAGUCACUGCUGUUGAAUUUAACGACACAGCUGAACAGAUUUUCAGCGGAGGGAUUGAUAAUGAUAUAAAAGUGUGGGAUAUUCGCAACCAUGAAAUUAUUUAUACACUUAAGGGGCACACGGAUACGGUGACAGGGUUGGCUUUGAGCCCAGACGGUUCGUAUUUAUUAUCAAAUUCGAUGGAUAAUAGUCUGAGGAUAUGGGACGUAAGGCCAUAUGCGCCCCAAGAAAGGUGUGUUAAGGUUUUUACGGGACAUCAGCAUAAUUUCGAGAAGAAUCUUCUGCGGUGUGCUUGGUCCAAAGAUGGGUCUAAGGUUAGUUCAGGAUCAGCUGAUAGGUUUCUCUACAUUUGGGAUACCACCUCUCGGAGGAUUAUUUAUAAGUUGCCUGGGCAUAACGGUAGUGUUAACGAUGUUGAUUUCCAUCCAAAUGAGCCAAUUGUGGUCUCGGGUGCAAGUGACAAGCAGAUUUAUUUAGGUGAGAUAGAUUAAAAAAAUGUGAAAUUUUAUAAUAAAAGUAUUAAUGAAAUUA